AUGACCCUAAUAGAGACCCUAAAGAAGAUCACCGUAACACCAAAAUUUCUCACAGUAUUGGAUUUCAAGUCGCUGUUUCCAUCAAUCCUUCUCCCGCCUGCCUUUUGCGCCAUCAGAGAUUUACUAUUAUCUAUCAUCAACGAUAAUACGGUACACCAGCAAAUUCUGGAGAUGGCCCAUCUAUUGUGUUACAAUUCAUUCUUCCAAUUCAAAGGUAGCGUGUACACGCAAGGAAGAGGAGUCCCUAUGGGUAGUCCGAUCUCUGGGGACUUAUGCGAGAUGGUGGUUAGACUACUCGAAGCUAAGGUCCUACCACACCACCUUCACAACAUCAUUUUAUACAAGAGAUAUGUUGACGAUAUUAUCAUAUUAUGGAAAGAAAUACCGGACAUAAAGGCGUUCGUCGACACAAUGAAUAAUAACACAUAUGGAUUAACCUUAGAAAUAGAACAAGCGCACCAAACGAAUAUACACUUCCUGGAUAUUGAUAUCAAGGUAGAAGAGUCGGUAAUUCAAACGGCAGUAUACCGUAAGCUAGGAACAAAAGGUAUAUACAUACCAGUAGGGUCAUGUGACCCACCGCAAUAUAAAGUGGCACCAUUUAAGGCUCUAAUUAAGAGAGCACACACACACUCUUCUACCGAGCCAGCCCUACAAUCAGAGCUAGGAUGUAUACAAAGAAUAGCCGAUGAACACGGAUACGGCAGACUCGUAAGCAAGUUAUGGCAUGAGUAUCAAAACACAACUCAAGACCUUCCGCUAAGAGAAGAACGACAAGAUAUGGAUAAGAUCAUUCCGGUCACUUAUAAUCCGUAUAUUGGAAGAAUAUAUGGAGAAAUAGCUAAAAAGAACCACAUACGUAUAGCAUACAGAAGAUGCGCUUCGAUCUUCAACAUCCUAACCAACGGAAAAGAUCAACCGGACAAGGAUAAGCUGUCAGGGGUCUACAGCAUACCGAUUAUAGAUCGCAGAUGUGAUAAAAACCUUCUGUAUGUGGGCUCCACCAAGCGAUCCUUAGAGGUUAGACUCAAAGAACACGCUGCGGAUAUUCAGAAACAAAGGAACACGACGACCCUAGCAGUAUAUGCUUCCGAUCCAGAUAUAGAACCCGAAUUUAAGAAAGCAAGAAUUAUCCGCACCGCACGGCACGUACACCAUAUCAGAUGGCUAGAGGCGGCCAGCAUAUAUUUGGCUAACCUUAAGGAUAAUCAAUGCAUCAAUUAUAAAGAAGAGAUUACGUUAUCAACAGCGUGGCUAGCGUUUAUGAAUAGUAAUUUAUGA